GGAGCCCCGAGCUAGCCCUGAGUAGCUGCAGCGGUGCCCGCCCCCUCUCUCCGCCCCUCCAGCGGAGCUGGUCUCCGUCCGGGCACCGUCGCGGGCCCCCCUGGGCCGGCCACCUGGGACUGUUCUGGGGAGUCAGCCACCUCCCUCUCUCCCCUUGCCGGCAAAGUUUUGGCGAAGCCUGCGCUGGGGCAGAGCGCGCUCCCGAGGGGAGAUCAGGGAGCGCCGAUGCCGGGCGUCCAGAGCCGUUGACCCGGGACGCCGCCGUCCGGGGCAGGAUCGCGGAGCAGCCGACCACCCUGCCGGCUCCGGUGCAUGGGGACCAGCUGAGGAGCCAGCAUGGGCAACUGCGUGGGGAGACAGCGCCGGGAGAGGCCAGCUGCCCCGGGACACCCCCGCAAGCGAGCAGGCCGCAAUGAGCCUCUGAAGAAGGAGCGGCUCAAGUGGAAAAGCGACUACCCCAUGACGGACGGGCAGCUGCGGAGCAAACGAGAUGAAUUCUGGGACACAGCACCUGCCUUCGAGGGCCGCAAGGAGAUCUGGGAUGCACUCAAGGCUGCUGCCUAUGCUGCCGAGGCCAACGACCACGAGCUGGCCCAGGCCAUCCUGGAUGGAGCCAGCAUCACCCUGCCUCAUGGCACCCUCUGUGAAUGCUAUGAUGAGCUGGGGAAUCGCUACCAGCUGCCCAUCUACUGCCUGUCACCACCCGUGAACCUGCUGCUAGAGCAUACCGAGGAGGAGAGCCUGGAGCCCCCCGAGCCCACCCCCAGCGUGCGCCAUGAGUUUCCCCUGAAGGUGCGCCUGUCCACAGGCAAGGACGUGAGGCUCAGUGCCAGCCUGCCUGACACAGUGGGGCAGCUCAAGAGGCAGCUGCAUGCCCAGGAGGGCAUUGAGCCGUCCUGGCAGCGAUGGUUCUUCUCUGGGAAACUGCUCACAGACCGCACACGACUCCAGGAGACCAAGAUCCAGAAAGAUUUUGUCAUCCAGGUCAUCAUCAACCAGCCCCCACCACCCCAGGACUGAUGAGCCCACAGACCACUGGGAAGGGAGGCUCCUAUGGGGCUACACGGCCCCCUCUGGAGCACUAGGCCCCCUGCCCUGCUGCUGCCUUCGAGUGCUGUUAUUUCCUACAGGGGCACCUCCCCAUUAUGUGGCUGCUGGGUGAGCCAUGAAGGGACCCUGCCUCCCAGGGCUUUGUGGGCCACCAGUGUCCAACCUCCAGGGAGCAGGCUAUCAUAUACAGGCCUUGCAGCCUCAUCAGAGAAAAGGUGAACCAGGGCCUCUACCCUGUCUCUCUUGAAGCAGGUUUAAGCCAUGAAGGCCAGCCUGGAGGCCCCUGGAGCCCAGAUCUGUCAUCUGGUGCUGCCGGCUGUGCUCACUCCGGUUUUCUGCUCAGGGUCUGAAGCAGCUGCUGUCUUCUUCCUCUGUCCCCACCCCUGGCUCUGCUCUGGGCACAGUGCCAGUUCCCUGGAGAGGAGGGAACCACCAGUGAGCCCCAGGGCUCAGGGAGCCUGAGGCGGGCCUCUGCCUCUCCCUGCCUCCAGCACAAUUGGCAGAGAUGAAGCAUGUGGUGGACAGCUGGGCUGUUGCAGCAGGGGUCUGCACAGGGCCAUAUCCUGGCUAUAACCCAGGUGGUGAGUGUCUGCAGCCUGGUUAUGGCCCCCACAGCCACUCUCUGUGUACAGACAUAUCUGCAUAUUUAUCAAUAAAGCCUUUUGCUCCU